AACCAAGAAGGGGUGUGGGAAGGGCUGUGAUGCUGGCACACCUCUCCAGGCUGUGCUGAGGAACGAUUGGGAUUUGGGUUCCAGUGCACAAAAUGGUGGCUCACUGUGCCUUGUUCUGGGUGACCGCUGUGGAUCAGCCGAGUCCUGAUAGCUGAAAUCUCGGUAGUGGGGGUAGGAACUGUCUUGGGAGCAACGUGCAAACACCUGAAAGGAGAGGAAGGAGUGGCAUAAACAGUGAACAGAAUAGCUGCUGGCACACACAUGGAGAAUGGGAUGGGGCCUCAUCUCCAAGUCAUCAUCACAAUUGGUGACUCUUCAACUCUGGUGAUAACCCAACACAUCAUGUCUGGCUUCCUGGGGAUCUCCAUCUGGAAUUCAGUGCUUUGAGAACAGACUGAGCUCCUCAGAGCAGGGAUUUGGGUUGUGGUGUGGCUUGUCUGCAUUCUCCAGCACAGGAAGAAUGCAGAGCUGCUGGAGCAGGUCCAGAGGAGGGCCAUGAAAGGUGCUCAGAGGGCUGGAGCACCUCUCCUAUGGAGAGAGGUUGAGGGAGCUGGGUUUGUUCAGCCUGGAGAAGAGAAGGCUACGGGGAGGCCUCAUUGUCACCUUCCAGUACCUGAGGGGAGCGUAUAAACAGGAGAGGACCGAAUUUUUACACGGACUGAUAGCAGCAGGAGAAAGGGGAAUGGCUUUAACCUAAGGAGGGGAGUUCAGGUUAAACAUCAGGAAGAAAUUCUUCACUCAGAGGGUAGUGAGACCCUGGCACAGGCUGCCCAGAGAGUGCCCUGGGCAGCCUGAUCUGGUGGGGGGCAACCAGCCUACAGCAGGGGUGGGACAGGAUGGGCUUUAAGGUCUCGUCCAACCUGAUGCGAUUGUAUCAGUUAAAAUGGGAACUGCUUUGAGCUGUGGUUCUUCUUGAGUUGUUGUUCUUGCUGCAGGAAACCCCGGGUAUCAAGAAGUGCAAUCCUACCCCCUGAGGAGAUCACGGGGCCUGGCCUGCAGCCCAGCCCAGUUCUGCCUGUUCCUCUUUCCUUAGCGCCUUGCUCCCCUUGAAUGAGUUUCUGCAUGGGAAGAGAAUAAGGUUUGCUCUUCUGCUCCAGGUUUAGCAUGCACUGCACCUCGAGGAGGCCUCACUGAGACCUGCCGCAGCCUCUGUGCACAAACACCCCCUCUUUUGGGGGGUUGGCUGAUCCGGCUGAGCCUCAUGAUCACAGUCAGGUGACGAGCACAAAGCGGCGCGGGAUAAGCAGCUCAGCGUGAGAGAUCAGCUGCUGGCCUGGCCCCUCUGCGAGCUGUUAGUGCUCAGGGAAAAUGAGCACCUGGACCCCUCCUCUGCUUUGGAGCUUGACCACAGCGUGUCUGACAGGUAUUGCUUUAGGCCAGACAGCUACCACCCAGGCCCCUGUUGCAUCAACCCCACUACUUCUGAGUGCCACCACCACCCAAGUCCCUGUUGCACCAACCCCAAUGUCUUCUAGUGCCUCCGCAACCUCAGCCCCCACAUCCCCAUCUGCUGUUGGGACACUCUCAGCUGGAACAGUGACAAACCUCACGACCCCUACAGUUGUGCCAUCUGCUGUCCCAAGCACAAACCCUCCCGCUCCAGCUCUGCCCACCACCCCACAAAUCACUAUGCUCACCUCUGGGAUUGCGACCACAGCUCAUGGACCCACAGCACCGAUGGCCACAUCCCACAGUGCCUGGGUCACCUCUCCAGAUAUGACCGCAUCUCCUGGGGUCCCGUCAGUGGUCCCAUCCCUCACCACCACUGAGCCCUCGAACUGCAGCAGAGUGAACGUGACAGCGUGUGCUCCUUGCUCCCCGGGGACCGUUCCCAGCAAUGACACCUGGAGCUGCUCGUGCUGUGCAGAGGGCUCAUGCAUGGACCCCGGUGCCUGUGCUCCUUGCCCAGCAGGGCACUACCAGCCUGCGAGGGGACAGCAGCAGUGCCUGCCAUGUCCAAAGGGACGUUAUGCCAACACUACGAGGAGCACUGCGUGCUCACCCUGCCCACCUGGCCACUACGCCAACGAGUCGGGGGCCACAGCCUGCAGCGCGUGCCAGGAAGGUUAUUUUAGCUCACAUCAAAAUGCAGCUUUUUGUCUGCCUUGCCUGCCUGGAUCGUUCUGCAACACCAGCAGCUGCACGGUGUGUCUGGCCUGUCCUGCUGGGCGUGAGGCUCCACGUGAGGCUGCUGAGGAGUGUAUGCUGUGCGGAGCAGGUAUGUUCAAAGGUCCGGGUGAUGACGCCUGCAAGCCCUGUGAGCCAGGGGAAUACCAACUGCAGCGGGGCCAGGAGAGCUGUGACCCGUGCCCAGAGAACCACUACUGCCCCAGCCCAGAUGUGAACCCAAUAAAGUGCCCUCCUGAUGCCUUCUGCCCCGCGGGCAGCACCGCACCCCAGUACUGCAUGGAGAUCUUCCUGUACAAGGUGGGCAGCUCCUGCCAGCUGACACCACUGGUGAUCAUCUUCCUGGCCCUCUUCUCGGCAGGUGCAAUUCUUAUAAUCUUUGUACUAAUUCUGAGGAGGAGGCAAGACUAUAGCACGAGGUCUUUGAAGUCCCUGCUGCUACCAAGAGGAUCAGGGCGGCACACAACGUAUGGAGUGAUGGAGCACACAGAGCCGGUGUAUGCUGGCUGGUAGUGGGGGAAAUGCUACCAGCAAGCACUGUGUUCCCUUUUCUACAGGGUAAUGCACAUGUGUGCAUAUGCAAAAAAACAUUUAACUAUCACCAACCUAUUUCUGUAUAGCUAAAAUAACUACAGAGAAAUGAAACACAAAUAAUUUUUCAGUUGUGACUUUUUGUGCUUACCAACCUGGCUGGAUGCUGUUCUACAUGAAAUGGACUGAACAGCAGAAGCUUCCCCUUUAAUUCCUAGCUCCACUCACAACAAUUUCUUUUUUCUUAGCAAAUUUCAGCAGUCAGCUCAACAGCUGGAGCAAAGAGCAGCUGCUCCAGAUACUGGGGUUCCCACAACACAAUUGUUUCUACUCGAGCAGGAACACAAAUACGCUUCCUUUAAGGAACAUGCACAUUUACUUAUUUAUUUGCCAUUCUCAAAGCUUUACCUAUACUUGAAAGCAAGGGUCAAAUGAAAAAAGGAAUCCCAAACUUUCCCCUUCCUCUCAGCCGUGGGAAAAUAUGCGCAACUGAACUCAUGGUUGAUUCCUGGAUAAAUGUGUCCCUUCUGUUUCCUGCUGCAGUCUCUAAUGCAGUGCUUCAUAUUACUCCAUAGAGCUGCAGAAGGAACACCUUCCUCCUCCAGUGAAAUUCAUUCCCAAACCGGGCAGGCUGCAAAGCCCUGCUCAGAUCAUCCAGCUGUGACACUUCCACGGUGCUGUGCUUCAUCAGCUCUGAGAGCCCUGGUAAAAACAGUACUUACUGUCAUGAGAGCUGUGCUUUUAAGUGAGCGUGCACGGAGGUGAAAGCAGGUGUUACUGCUCACUGGAGUCCUUUCCCUGAGCUAAAGCGGCAGCAGCCAGCUGAAGGAACCCAGCUGGUAGGGGUUAAGUGGCUGCUGCCCUCCGCUGCUCAUUCUUCUCAUCCCAGGGGAGGUUAUUGUGCUUUUUAAGAAAAAGGAAAUAAACAACAACCAAAAAAGCAA